AUGUCGAAAAGAGUGACUUUGAGACGACACAACGCGUACCACACGCGAUCUAAUUUUGCCAAAAAGGUCAAAACUCCAGGGGCACGCGUCGUAUUCCAACACCUCAAAAAGAAGGCAAAGCCAGCACUAUGUGGCGAUUGCAAGGGAAAAUUGCAAGGAGUUGUUGCUGCUAGGCCAGAAGUUAACAAAAAUUUGAAAAGGAGGCAAAGAAAGGUUUAUAGGGUAUACGGCGGCUCUCUUUGUCACAAGUGCGUCCGGGAUCGCAUUAUCCGCGCCUUCUUAAAGGAGGAACAGAAAUGUGUCAAAAAAGUUGUGGAAGAGAGGGUUAAGCAAAAAAAAGCUGCAGGAAAAGGCUGA